AUGGAGUGGUACCCAGAACAGCCGUCUUUGCCAACCUCUACACCCAUUUUGGAUGAUAUUAGUCUCUUCGUUGAUGCCAUAAAAUCCCUCCUUGAUGAAAGUGAUAUAACCACGAUUAGUAUGCUUGCUAAGCGCCUGAGCCCUUUCAGGAUCCAUCCAGAGCAGGUCGUUGUCGGGAAUACUGUGUCCGUCAAACCUGUACUGGUGCUUGAAUGCGAACAGCGGCCAUGCUGCCUUGUCCCAACUACAAGCUCAGCCCCAUAUGAGGUAGUUCCAAGUGCUGCUAUCCCAAACGAUAUCAUAGCCAAUGGUAUUGCUGGUGAAAAUGAGAGCGGUAUCGCGUAUCCUCAAAGCAAUAAGAGCACAGACUAUGCCGAGGACAUGGCAUGUCAAAUGCAAGGCCGCCCAAUGAGGCAAGAAAGGGUUGCCGCUUCUGUCAACAACUUAUUCCAGGCAUGCAUCCGUACUCCAGUGUCGACGAGGGACCACCGAUCUGACGACAAAAGGAUCUACAAUGAGGUAUCCCAGACGUCAUCUCAUAAUACACCAAAUACCGGGACGGUUCCCUACGAAGAGAACAGGGAUGGCGAUGUGAGUGAAGAUCCAAGGGAUCGGCAAUCUGAGAUGAUAGAGACGAUACAGACCCUUCAGUCUACCAAUCCUGAGGGCGAUUUCAUGAUCAUGGAGCUGACCAGGUCUUCGACUACUACUCUUGAUGCGCAAUACGGCGGACUUAAUACGCGGCAAGCUAGAAAAGACAACAAGGUGCGCCGCCGCAGGAGCAGUGCAUCGUCCCGCGUCGUUUCGUCGGCAACCAGUUUCUGUAGCACUAGCCACUUCACCACCAACAACGGAGCAAAUCCUGUUGCCGAGACGGCUGGUCUCUUGGUCGAUACGCCUGCAUUCAAGGCGAUUUCUGCGGCCCGUACCAGCAUUCGAACCGACUACUUCCGGUUCCUGGAGAUCAACCUCGGACGCUGGGCCCAAGGCGGCUUGUGGCAAACCUCAGGGCCCUUGGAUCAGACAGCAGGCAUGAAUAUGUAUGACAGCUUACAAGUAUUAUAUUUGCGUGUCUGUCGACUGGAUAUGCGGAUAAGAGAUGAUGCGAUCCGGAGCCGAGUAGCACUGGUUCUCCUCCAUUUAAAGUAUGAAGAAACAUGUCGCCAAUGGAAUGCCCGAUCAUCUAGAUAUCCAAAACAAACAUCAAGAGUUGGGAGGGGGAGUAUUAGUUCUAUAAUCGAUAGCAUCCUUGAAAAUGCCCAUCCCGAAUGGACUACUGCCAACUCUCGACAGAAGGCUGAGCUACGAGCAAAGUUUCACGACCAAAAACGAUUUGGGAAAAGAUGGUGGAUGCUGGUAGACGUGUUGGGGCCCAGCAUACUCAUCAUAUGCUCAUCAAGGUUUGCAGGAACCAUCAAUAAUACCACAGUCACCACAGAUAUGAUUAAAGCCAUAAUACGCGCUAUUCGAAAUUCUAAGACGAGCCUGAUGGCUGUUUUUGAGACGGUGAAUCCGAUCGCAGACAGCUUAUUGCGCAAUCAAGAAUAUGGAAGCCAGGAUGUUGACCAACUGUUGAAGUCACUCAGAUCCGUCCGCCUGGACUGGGUAGGGGGCGAGGAUGAUUUACUGUGA